UCUGUCCAAUCUCUUUUAUAGUUUUUGAUUAGAAGCGUGGUCAGCCUUUUUGACUGCAAUAUUGUGGUUAGAAUUGUUACCGUUAAAGUUUCUUUAAAAGCCAAAAUGGCAAAAUUCGAUUUAACAUCACGUAUAGGUCAAUAUUUGGAUCGACAUUUAGUAUUUCCUUUGCUGGAAUUUUUAUCUGCAAAACAGAUUUACGAUGAGGACGAGUUGCUUCAAGCAAAGCUCGAUAUUCUCAGUAAGACGAACAUGAUUGAUUACGCUAUUGAUAUCAGACAACAGCUUUACCCCAAUUUGGAAGUGCCAGAGGAAUUAAAAGCACGUCGACAGGAGGUACUCCAAGAACUUGGUAUUUUACAAAAUAAUGUAUCAGUUGUUGUGUCUCUUAUGAAUAACGAAGAAGUCAUGAAGAAGAUGGAAAACAUGCGAGAUUCUAAAGCAUUAAAUAAUUAUCUGACUCAAGAAUCUGAUUUCAGGGUCGAAAUGAUGGAUAGUUUUGUGAAAUUAGCGAAAUAUCGCUAUGAAUGUGGCAACUAUUCUGUCUCAACGUCAUAUUUAUAUUUUUAUAUGCUUAUAAUGCCACCAUCAGAUAAGAAUUAUUUAAAUGUUCUUUGGGGCAAAUUAGCAUCAGAAAUUUUGGUUCAAAACUGGGAAACUGCAUUAGAAGAUGUAAACAAACUAAGAGAGUAUAUUGACAGUAAUGUUAUAGGGAACUCUCUGCAAAUAUUGCAACAACGAACAUGGUUAAUCCACUGGAGUUUGUUUGUAUUUUUCAACCAUGUGAAAGGCAGAGAUUUGAUUAUAGAAAUGUUUCUAUAUAGACCCCAUUAUCUAAAUGCUAUUCAAACAACGUGUCCUCAUAUAUUACGAUAUUUAGCAGCAGCUGUUAUUGUCAAUCGUUCUAGACGGUCUAUAUUGAAAGAUCUUGUAAAAGUAAUACAACAGGAAUCGUAUACAUACCGUGAUCCAAUUACUGAAUUUUUGGAGCAUUUAUAUGUCAAUUUUGAUUUUGAUGGAGCAAGGCAAAAAUUGCAAGAAUGUCAAACAGUUGUAUUUAAUGACUUUUUCUUAAUUGCAUUAUUAGGUGAAUUUGUUGAGAAUGCUCGAUUAAUGAUUUUCGAGACAUUCUGUCGUAUUCAUCAAUGUAUCAGUAUUGGAAUGUUGGCAGAGAAAUUAAAUAUGAAAGCAGAUGUAGCUGAAUGUUGGAUUGUUAAUUUAAUACGGAAUGCAAGAUUAGAUGCCAAAAUAGACAGUAAAUUAGGUCACGUUGUAAUGGGUGGACAGCCUGCAUCACCUUAUCAACAGUUAAUUGAAAAAGUAGAAACGCUAAGCGUGCGAAGCGAAGCGUUGGGUAACUUAAUUGAACGCAAGUUAAAAGCUAAAAAUCAGGACCCUGUAAGUAUAGUGUGGAACUAAGGAAGUAUCAAAAUUCUUGGAAUUUGGAUUUAUGAUAUCGUGACAUAAUUCUCAACGAUACUAUUAAACAUAGUAUUUGAAUUAUCUCCAAGUACAAGCAGAAUAUCAACACUCAAAGCAUAUGUUCGUAAGGAAGUCCGUGCAAAGAUUUAUUCGUAAAAAUAAUAUAUUUUUAUUCAUAUAUAUUUUACAAAAAAGAAAAUGCUAUGAAUAAAAAUAUAUUUGCAUGAAUAUUUCAUGAAUACAUAUAUGCACACAUUGCGAUACAAAAACUACUUGUAAUAUGUAUUCGUAUGUUUCAUACUUAGAAAUGUGAAAAAAAGAGAAUUAAAUACUUGUAUUAAAAAAAAUAUAUACUUUCCAUAUCGAACGUUUUGUAAUAGAUAUUGGAAAAACAUGUUUAAUGCGAAAAUUGUAAUCGAACAAGCGGAAGAAUUUUUGAAAACAUAAAACUGUAUAAAUCCAUACCUUCCAUGAAAAACUUUAUCGUACAUUUUAUAUUAAAAACAUGAAUUGACAUAUUCAAAAAUAAAGUAAUUUUGAAAAGA